AUGGACAGUGAGAAAGGAAUUAUCAGCGAACCUAAGGAAUGGCCUCUCGAAAUAUAUCGUUGUUUUCAUGAGUCUGGGACAGCCACUGUUAGUAGCAGUAUAGAGCGCGGCACUGCUGUGGAGGCCCCGGUAGAGGAGUCUGCGCCAAACGGCAUCUGGUUAACGAGACAUAAUCAUGUUGCCGCACCGAUCGUCCUUCGUCUCUCCAAUUAUGCUCACCUCGUUAUCAUGCAAGGCAAUGAAGUUGUUGAGUCCUACUUCCUCAUUUUGGCCAAAAGAUGGAUAAAAAUGGUGAACAUUGAUGAUGAAUUGAUGUUGUACAUACGUGGUCGGCAACAUGUUCGUCGUCUUCGCCUCACUUUCGCGACACUUGACGAUGCUCGCUCAUGUUAUCGCGAACUCGCUAGACAUGUAUCUGUUAAACAGCGCUCUUCCUCUCCGAACAACGCCGCGAUAAAUGCAGUGAUAACAGCAGCAGAAGAAGAUGAGCAGCAAGUGGCUAAAUGGUUGUCAGCCAUGGCGAAGGGUGGGCGGUAUUGUGAUGUCGAAGAAGCGGCAGCAAUAGAAGCAGCGUGGCACACCAACUGGCCAACAGAACAGCUGGUAGACCUGGUUAAGCUUUGUCUUACCGAUCCCAACUUUCCAGGCUUUGUGCGCCAAGUGAAACAAUGUCUCCGCGUCAUAACCACGGUCCCUCCUAGUGAAAGCGCUGAACCAAAUCAAGCCGAAGAGUGA